AUGACUGAAAAUAUAAUUUAUUUUACUGAAGUUCUUAAUGACACUAUUAAAUAUGAAAUUGCUCUGAUUAAUCUAGAAGCAUAAGUCAUAAACUUAUCCUAAAUAUUCCUAUUAAGAGGAUUUGGUAUAAGUGAAUUAAGAAUUAUUAAUUCUUAGGAUCUUUUAAUAAGAAAUAUCGAAGUCCUGCUUAGUGAAAAGUAUAGUAUAAAAGGAAUCCAUAAGCAUUUAGAUUGUUGGAUUAAUUAUGUAAAAUAGGACUUCUAUACUAUAUUCUUAAUUAUUUAUAAUGCUAUCUAAACACAAAUAGAAUCUAUGAUAAUGAGAUAUUUAGUUGUAAUAAAUGAGCCCUUGAUUUAUUAUGAAUCUAUUUCUACUUCAAUACUUGAAAGAGACGAAAAUAUUAGUAUUUACAAUUCAAAAAUUCAUAAUAAUUUAUAAAUAUUCAUUGGGAAAUAUGAAAACAGCCCAAUUUUUGAAAUACAUUCCAAGCAAAAUGUGAGUAUUUACAUUGAAGAGAUCGUGUUCCAUAGAAACAUAUUAACUUCCUAUUAAUAGGAAGAUAGUUAUAUUUCUUCCAGUCUCAUAUAUUUUGACUGUCUAAUAAGUAAAGUUGUUUUGCAUAAGGUUGUCUUUGAGACCAAUACAAUUAUUAAUAGCGUAAACACAUUGGUAUUUAUUAACUCAUAAAGUGUAAAUUUUGAUGAUGUUGUUUUUAAUAAUAGUUGUUAAUUUGAUUACAAUCUUAUCAAGCCAUAUCUAUAAUGGGGUUAUGAUCUUGAGAGCAAAAUCUACUUAGAAGACGUUAAAUUAAGUUUUUAACAAAAGUGUUUAGUUGGAAAUGCCAUACUAUAAUCAUCUAAAAUUUUAAUUAAUAAUUUAACUUCAAAUAAUUCUUUUGGAUAAUUAAGUGGAAGUUUAUAAAUCAAUGUAUAAUCAUCUGGUUCAGUAUUGAUUGACCAAUCGCAUUUUGAAAACAUAUUUAUGGCUUCUUCAAAAUAAUAUGAUUCAAUUUAAUAAGGAGGCACAAUUUUUAUUGAAUCAUAAUCCUCAAUAAUUAUAAAAAUUGUAAACUCUGUUUUUUCUGCAAUUAAUUCCUAUAUUUCUGCAGGAAUGCUCUAUCUAAACGAUAAUUAAAAUUCAAUUAAAUUGUAAUUAGGAAAUUUGACAUUGAACAAUUGUUAUAGCUUAAAAGGGGCCAUCUUAUAUCGAUAAAUUUCUAGUUAUAAUCUAACUAAUUAGAAAUUUAGACUUUAGGGUAUUAGUAUUCAGGACACUUAUUAAGGUUUCUUGAACUAUUAAAAUUCUGCAAAUUAUUAUUAUUAUGCAGUUAAACUAUUAAAAAACUAUUUGUUAUCGGAAAGAACUAAAGUAUAUUUGAUUGCUGGGAAUAUAUAAAUGGACAAUAUUAAAAUUUAGCAAAUUUAUUACGAAUCCUUGAUCAUAGGUACAAAUUUAUUAAAAUUCUUCUUUUCAAGUUCAAUAAUUUAAGGAGGAAUACUGCCAAUUAAUGGCCUUAUUAAACUAGAAAAUCAAGGUUAUGAAAAUGAAUGUGUAAUCAGAUAGGUUCUUAUCUCAAAUCUAACAUCUAAUUUAGAUUCAAUUAAAGUUGAUUAUCCAGUACAAAUCGACUCUACCAAAUUUAUUGAACAACAAUAAGUUUGUUUAACUAAAUUUAAUAAUGAUUACGCUCCAGUAAAUUUAAAAUCAUUUCAUAGUCCAGACCAUUAUUAUAAUAACACUUUAACUUUACUAAAUGAAUUGAAUCUAUAUUAUUAAAAAUAGUUGAUCAUGCCUAUAUUCUUACUUACCAAUAUUACUAACUUAGUUUAGUUUAAAUUCAUCGAAUUAUAUAUUUUUGAUAUAAUUUGCUAAGCAUGCUCACUUAGUUUAUUGUAUUUACAUUAAAAUGAGGAACGGGCUAUGGAAAAUAAAAUUGCUUUAUUAGAAUUUCAAAACAAUUUUUGUGGAUCACUUAGUUGUUUCAUAAUUGCGGACAAUAUUUUAUCAAUAUCAGAUGUCAAUAUAUACAAAAGACUGUUAUAUAGUGAAUAAGAGAGUGAGAAACUUAUUUAAUAUGUGAAAUAUGAUGUUGAGUUGAUGGAUUUUAAAUGUUAAAACAAUUCAGCUGUUUAUGGUACUUGUGUGUUUAUCAAAAAUUAAAAUAUUCAAAUAAAGAAUAGUUUAUUAAUGAAUAACUAUGCAAAGAUGGCUGGAGGUGCAAUUUAUUUCGAAGGAAGAAAUAAACUGUUUACUUUAUUAUCUAGUAAAGUCUCUGAAAAUCAAGCCUUAUAUGGUGGAGGAAUAUUUACAUAAAACUUAAGUUAAUCUAAUUAUUCUAAAAUGGGUUCGAUUGUUAAUAAUAAUAAAGGCACAAAGUAUGGAAAUGACCAAUCAACGAAUCCUACCCAUAUCUCAAUUACCCUUAAUAAUUACGAAUCUAUUUUCUUUACCAAUGUAAAAAUGAAUGAUUCGAAUACUGUAAUUGAAGAGGUAUUAGUUUAGAAUAAGUAUCUUUAUAAGAAUAAAUAUUUAAAUGUAAUUUAUCUACCCAAUGGACAAAAAAUUAGCGAAUAUAAAUAAUUUGAUAUCACCAAUAGAAGUUAUCACUCGAAAAAUCUUACAUUUAGAAUAGUGUUAUUGAAUGAAUUUAGAGAAAUUUACAAUAAUUUGUCAAAUUCAAAAUGUAAUUUAAAGAGUAGAAAAUAUAAUUUAGGGUUAUCUGAAGUUCAAUAAGAAUAAUUCUCUGAAGAUUUUACAAACAAAAUUGAAAUUCCUUAUAAUAGAGAAACUAACGAUUAUAAUUUAGAUGACUUAAUUCUUUUAUUUAAUACUUUUUAACAAGAUGAUUUAAUUUUAUAAAUAGAAAUUAAAUGUGAUAGGAUUCUCAUACCUAUUUUCAAUUAACAAUUCCCAUAUGAAAUUUUAAAUUACCAUAACAAUUAUAGUCUCCACCUUAAUAUUAAAACAUAUCCAUGUUAAUAUGGAGAAAUAAUUAAUAAAACCUAUGGAACAUGUGAAGUUUGUGAUUAUUAAAAUAAUUUUUAUUAAUUGGAACUCAAUUAGGAAAAAUGUAAUUUAUUAGAUGAGAUAUCUAUUAAAGAAAUCACAUCUAACUAGCUAAAUCUAUAUCCAGGUUAUUGGAGAGCUUAUUUUGAUACAAAUUAAGUAGAAUAUUGUUAUAAUCUACCAGAAAGUUGUCUUGGUGGUUGGAAGGAAGGUGAUUAUUCUUGUAUCACUGGACAUAUAGGAGCAUUGUGUGAAUAAUGUGAUAUUUCAGAUAUAAGGGGAGAUGGAAUGUACUCAAUUAGUGGGCCUUAUUAAUGUGGAAGAUGCACAGAAUAAUACAUUAAUCUCUUCUCAAUAUUAGGGAUUAGUAUUUGGUAUUCAUAAAGAAAAUAUUUUAGGACUUUGUUGACGAUACUUAUGUCUACAAAAAGUACAGUUACUAUUGUAAUUAAUAAAUUAUUAGCGGUUAAAUUGCAAAAGGCAGGAUUAAUCUUAGUGUCUCAACCUUUAAAUGAAGAAUUACUGGGUAAGAUUCUCACCAAUUACCUAUAAAUUAUUAUGACUUUAACAACUUUUAGGUUAUCAUUUCCAGAUGAACUUAAUUAUGCAAUCAAUUCAACUGGAAAUCCUAUAAAAACUGUCUCUUAUUCCCUAGAUUGCUUUUUAAUUUAUCUCAAUUCAAUUAUCGAACUCCACUAUUUACGAAUGUUAUGGCAAUUACUAAUGCCAAUCAUAUAUGUAUUAUUGUUCUUGGGCGGUUAUGGACUUUGUAUUCUCUUAAAGAGAUGUAAAUAUCAUUCCACUGUACUUUUUACAACACUUAUUAAUAUGUUUAUUAUUUUGCAACCCAGCUUAAUUGAAGGAUUUAUAAAAUUAAUGUCAUAUAGAGCAAUUUCAGGGUAUGAAUGGAUAUCUAUAAAUGUUGCAUAUCGGUACGAUACAGAAAGUCAUUUUAAUUGGAUUUUGUGCUUUUGUUUCCCUUUUUUUAUCCUUAUUGCUUUUGUCAUUCCAUUAGCAUUCUUUAUGAUUUUAUUUUACAAUAGAAAUGAUCUGGAUAGCAAUGAGACUAGAAUGAAUUGGGGAUUUCUAUAUAAUGAAUAUAAAAAGUCAGGAUAUUUUUGGGAAAUAGUAAAAUUAGUUGAAAAGGAGUUAAUUAUUAUAGUUUUGGCACUUUAUGAGACAAAAAUUAUCAUUAAAGCAAGUUUGAUAUAUAUCAUCAUAUUUAUCUAUUAAUAACUGACCAUAAAAUACUAACCCUACGAAUCUAAGGUAUUAAAUCAAUUGGAUAACAUAAUGACAUAAGUGUGUGGUUUUUCUGUUGUACUUGGCAUUGGAAUUCAUGUUUCUUAACAAAAUUAAGAAAUUGUAUAUCCUUUGUAUAUCAUAUUGAUUUGCAUCAAUUUAUAUUUUAUGAUUCUAAUGAUUAAGACUCUGCUAAAAGCAUACUUUAUAGAAAUGGGUAAUUAAAUAUUAAUGAGAUGCCAAAAAUUUAAAAAGUUUUUAAAAUUUGAUUGUAUUUAAAAAUGGAGAUUUUUUGAAAACAAGGAAGAAAAAAGGAAAAGAAUAUAAAUAAAAUUUAAUAAAAUAAAGAAGUAAAUUUUAUCAGUGUCUAGAAUUAUUUAAUAAGGAAAGAAAGAGACAGAACUAUCAAUAUUUGAAAAUAAAACCCAUUUCAAACAAGAGUAAGAAAAAAUAGAAAAGGGAAUUAACAGUAUUAUGCAGAAAUAGUAGAUAUCCUCGAUAUCACGAGAUAUAGAAAUAACUUUAGCAUCUUGUAAAAGUGGAAAAGCAAAUUAGAAAUUAUUUAGUAAAGUCUUUCCGGAAAGUCAAUAAUGA